UUGUCUCAUAGAAAAUUGUAAUCCAGGUUAAAAUGGAAAAGAUUUCAUUGCAUGAUAAGGAUAAUAAUAAAGUAUAUGAUUUAAUGUUAUCUCCUGAAGAUGCACACCGUGCUACUACAGAUAUUAUCUUUGCUACUACUCUUUUAAAUGCAACCAUUAAGGAUAAAACUAUUAUUGAUCAAAAUGAGGAAGUGUCGGAGGACUUAAAUAUAUGUAAUACACAGUCUGAUUUAAUGUCAGAAGCCUAUGAUAUAAACAGUGAUAUUCAGUCGACACUGUCGACAGACAACAGUGAUAUUCAGUCGACAGACAACAGUGAAGAGAAUUCUCUAUUUCGAUGGCCAGAUGCAUCUGUGCUCCUCUUAUUACGAACAUAUGAGGAGAUGGAAGAAAAGUUUACUAAUGGAAAAUGUUCUCAUAAAAAAUGUUGGGAAUUAAUUUCUGAAGUAUUGAAGAAAAAGGGAUACAAUGUUACAGGACCUCAGUGUGCCUCAAAAUUUAGAAGUUUGAAAAAGACCUAUAAAUCGAUUAAAGAUCAUAAUUCAAAAUCAGGAAAUAAUCGACGAACAUGGCAGCAUUUUGAGAUUAUGGAUAACAUGUUCUCCAAAAAAGCCUGGUGUAGACCCGUAGCACUUGCUUCAUCUACUGGUCAAUUAAUAAAAAAUACUAAUGCAGAAGAAUGUUCUCCAACUUGCUCAAAUUUUUCUGAAGAUGAUUCUCGGUCUGAUAAGGAAAAUAAUAUUCCUAAGAAGAGUAUAAAAACUAAGAUGUCAGUAACAAAACUGUUUGAAGAGAGAUUGGCACAAAAACAGGAACAUGAAUGUAAAAAACAGAAACGUCACAACGAGAGAAUGCUUUUAGAAACAAAAAUGAUUGAUGCUCUUACACAAUUCUUAAAUAAGUAA